AUGAAUCGAAAAACUCACUCAAACGAGCCAUACAUCAAGGAUUUUGCGUUCUAUAAGACUAGAUUUGCGAAUAAACACAAAGAAAUCAAGCAUAAAUUAAGAGACUAUGCGUUGAUUGUAGAAAGAUUUCAAGAUUAAUCAAAUAAAGCUUAUGGUGAUAUGGAAAGUGGUGGAACUUAUGGAAAUAUCCAAGAGGUCAUUGCAAAUGUUAAUAAAACAUCUGAAGAUAUCUAGAUGGAGAUUGAUGAGGUAUAUUAUUUUAACUAUAAAGGAAUAAAUUUUUAGCUUGAAGAAAUUGAAAAAGAAAUGUCAAAGCUAUCAAACAUCUCCUAAAGUGAAAAGACAAUCUCAUAUAAGUUGAAGAAUUCUCUUAAGGAUUUACAAAUAGAGCAUUCUUAGUUGAAAAUAAAGCAUCAUUAGAGCACUUUUCAUGCAAAGAGGGAAGGAGAUGGAAAAACUACUAAUAGGAUGAAAAAUAUACUCAAAGAAAGUGAUAGAUUAGACAGCACUAUAGCUCUUGCAGAUGAGAUAAUCAAUAUGGGCAAUCAAUCAAGCUCAAAUAUGGCUGCUAAAAUGAAAAGCUUCGUAAAACAGGCAAAAACAUAAAGAGGAUACAGAACUCAGCUGUGCCCGGUUUGGACAAAUUGA